GCUGACGUGUUUAAAACAGAGGCAGGAUAUGCGCUGAGGAAACUGGCCGAGGUGUCAACAUUGUUUCACUCAGUCCAGCAAAAAUCAAAAAAAUAAAUAAAAAAAAGCAGAAGGAAAUGGGAGGUUUUAGUUCGUGUCCUGUGGGAAAAUUUUUCUUUUUCCAAUGAAGCUAUGAUGAAGUUCACUGGCUGUUUGGGGAUAAUGGUUUCCAGUUUGAUUCUGUUACUGGUUUGCUCCUUGACUUUCUUCUCCUGUGUGAGCAGCUGUGAUUACAGCUGUCCAGAUAAACCUGUGAUGACUCCGUCCAGGCUGGUGGUGAAGUUCGGUGAUCCAACCUCUGCUACAUGUGUAGCCUGUCAGAAGACCUGUUUUCCCCUGGAUGACGGUAUUAUAAAUAUGGAAGUUUCUCUUGGAACUCCUAACAAAAAUGGAAGCACAGUGACCUGGACAGUGAACCAAAUGACUGAGUGGGAUUUAACUCCAAAGUGCUACUAUACUACCAUAAUGAAUUAUCAGUGUUGCACUGACCUGCCUGUUACUGUCUACAAACCUCCAGAAAGUGUGUCCUUCAGCUUAAACCCCUCUGGACCUCUGACUGAGGGUUCAGAGGUCACGCUGCAGUGUGAUGUACAGGACGUCGCUCCGGCUGGAAACCUCACUGUGACCUUUUACAGAGGUCACACGCUUCUGGAUCAAGUGAAAAGCAACAAUCACACAAAAAAACCAGUUAAUGAGAUAUUUUCUAUGAGCUACAACAGCACAAAAGAAGAUAAUGGAGUCCAGUUCUGGUGUGAAGCCAAGCUGGAACUGGGAGCUGAAGGACCACAGCCCCCUCUAGUGGUGAAAUCAAAGGAGACUACAGUGGAUCUGGUGACGAACUCCAAGCCAACCGAUGAUGCUCCCAGUCGGAAACUUUGCAGGUUCAUCCUCUGCUUGACGCUGUUAGUCUCUGCUUCUGUUUGAGUCAGAGUUUGUUAAGAUGCGCUGAUAAACUGAAAUCAGUCAAAUCAGCAGUUCUGACUUUCAGGGUGAUGUGUGUUUCCUUGUAUAGUUACAUUUUAUUUGGCUCAGCUCUUUUUUUAAAAAGAUUUCUCCUAAUUGUGUUAAUAUGUUCUGCAUUCCUAUCCUGUGGCAUGGUAAACUAUCGAUGUGUAAAAUAGCACUUUUCUACCACUUCUAAUACAUUUUUGACUGAUAUUUAUGUUCUGAUAGCCCUACCUAGUUAUUAUAACAUCACUUAAAAGGAGUCUCUCUCUCUCUCUCUCUCUCUCUCUCUCAUGUAGCUGAGAACGUGUUCUAAUUUUCUGAGUCUGAAUUUUGAGUUUUCAUUAUCUGUGAGACAUAAUCAGCAAAAUGACAAGAAAACAAAGGCUUGAAAUGUAUGAGUAAUGCUUCUAAAUAAAACAUUUUAUCCGCUUUUUGAGAGGAAGAAAUUUUGCACUUUUAUACAAGUUUCUUAUAUUUUUAGGUCAGGAGGCCAGUCUCAGUUCUGUUAAAAAACCAAAAACCAAACACUAAGAUCUAAACUAAGACUCUAAAUAAAUAAAGCUGAUGCUUUCUACUUGCCACAUUCCUUGACCUUUGCACUAAACUACAAGACACUACUGAGCUUUCUUUCGGUUGAUGCAUUACAAAGACAUGCUUUCUGCUUGUCUUGUUUUUUCCCUUCAUGUCUGCUUGUGAAGCCGGGGCAGCUGUGACCAGGCAGAAACGGUUUGGUUUCAUAUUGAAAAUGACAGUUUCCUGACAAACAUCCCCGGGAAGUGGAUGUGAACGUCUGUCUCUGGGGUCUGCCGGUAUCUAUUACUGCAAUCACUUCGACUGCGGUAACAGAAUUUUCUUCAGCUUGUGUUUGACUCAAAAAAAAA